AAAUCCUUUCCUUAACCUUCACGCCUCCAUUACUCGUCUCUCUCUCUCUCUCUCAUAAAAACUUCUGUUUUUCCUUUCAUUUUUCUAUCCAUGCAUUAAAAGUGUUCCAGUCUCUCACAGUCUCUCUUUAAAACCCCUUCGUUUCACUCCCCAAAACACAGAAUACCCCCCACUAUUCCAUCUUCAAGUUCUCACUUUUUUCUUCUCUGAGAAAAAACAGAGGAAGUGGGAGAAGGAGGGAUUAAUUUUCUAUAUACUUUUUUAUUUUAUUUUUCUUUAACGUUUCUUUAACCUGUAUUUUGGUUUCUUGGGAUUUUAUAAAAGAUGGGCUCAUGUAAAGAACAACACUCGAAGUGUGUUUGGGUUCAAGGACCGAUUCUGGUUGGAGCUGGGCCGUCUGGUUUAGCAGUUUCGGCUUGUCUCGCUCGUCAAGGAGUACCCUGUUUGGUUCUCGAGAAAAAUGACUGUAUAGCUUCACUUUGGCAACAAAGAACUUACGAUCGUCUCAAACUUCAUCUUCCCAAACAGUUUUGUCAGCUUCCUUUUAUGGAUUUCCCUGAAGAUUAUCCAAAGUACCCAACUAAAGACCAGUUCAUCUCUUACAUGGAGUCUUACGCUUCACACUUCGCAAUAAAACCCCGCUUCAACCAAGCCGUUCAGGCUGCCCUAUUCGAUUUGGGUUCGGGGCUUUGGCGGGUAAAGACCCAAGAAGCCGACUACAUUUCCCGGUGGGUGAUUGUGGCCACCGGAGAAAAUGCAGAGCCAGCUAUACCGGAGAUUGUGGGCCUGGACAAGUUUCAUGGGCCGGUUGUCCACACCAGUGGGUAUAAGUCCGGUUGUGAGUUUAGAAACCAGAAGGUCUUGGUCGUUGGUUGUGGUAAUUCCGGUAUGGAAGUUAGUUUGGACCUUUGUAGACACAAUGCAUUCCCUCAUAUGGUCGUUAGAAACACCGUCCAUGUUCUGCCUAGAGAAAUACUUGGCUUCUCGACUUUCGGAAUAGCAAUGGCACUACUCAAAUGGCUACCACUGAAAUUAGUCGACAAGAUCCUUCUCUUGGCUGCCAGUUUCACCCUUGGUAACACUGACCAAUUGGGUCUCCGGCGGCCCAAAACCGGCCCAAUUGAACUCAAGAACGCCACUGGUAAGACUCCGGUUUUAGAUGUCGGAGCCUUAUCCCAAAUAAGAUCCGGCAAAAUCAAGGUUACGGAAACUGUGAAGGAGAUUACGAGAAAUGGAGCUAGAUUUUUGGAUGGACAAGAGAAAGAGUUUGAUUCUAUAAUAUUGGCAACUGGGUACAAAAGUAACGUUCCUACUUGGCUCAAGAGUUGUGAUUUUUUCACAAAAGAUGGAAUGCCGAGAACGCCGUUUCCUAACGGGUGGAAGGGAGAGAAUGGGCUUUACACAGUUGGGUUCACAAGAAGAGGCCUUUUGGGAACGGCUUCUGAUGCCGUUAAAAUAGCCCAAGACAUUUCUGACCAGUGGAGGACUAUAAAUAAAGAAACCAAGACUUGUUCUUGUAAUUCCUCACAUAUUAUCCUACUUCAAAAAUCAUAGCUCAUUCCCUAAAUUCAAAUUGUAGAAAAAGAAAAAAAAAACUAACAAAAAAGAAGCCAAAAAAAAAAAGUGAGAAAAUAUAUAUUAUGUUUUAGCUAGAAUUGUACUUCAGUUUUUUAUUUUAUUUAUUUUAGUGGAUUUCUUGUAAAUAUUCUAUAUAUAACAAUUUUGGAUGUUGAUUUUCUCUUCG